AUGGCGUCCUCGAAGAAGGUGGUGACGCGGGACGAGUGGGAGCGGAAGCUACGCGACGUGAAGAUCCGCAAGGAGGACAUGGACCGGCUCGUCAUGAACUUCCUCGUCACCGAGGGCUUCGUCGACGCCGCCGACCGGUUCCGCCUCGAGUCCGGCACCCAAACCGACAUUGACCUGGAGACCAUCACGGAUCGGAUGGAGAUGAAGAGGGCGGUUCAGUCGGGGAACGUCCAGGAGGCGAUCGACAAGAUGAACCAUCUUAACCCCACGAUUCUGGAGAGAAAUCCCCAAGUAUACUUCCAUCUACUGCAGCAAAAGCUGAUAGAGUUGAUUCGUGUGGGAAAAAUAAGUGAAGCUUUGGAAUUUGCUCAACAAGAACUUGCACCAAGAGGCGAGAAAAAUCAAGCCUUUCUCAAGGAAAUAGAGAAAACGGUAGCACUUUUGCUUUUUGAAGAUGCAGAAAACUGUCCGUAUGGGGAACUGUUGGAUGUUUCUCACCGCUUGAAGACGGCAAAUGAAGUCAAUGCUGCAAUUCUUACAAGUCAAAGUCAUGAGAAAGAUCCAAAGCUCCCUAGCCUGUUGAAGAUGUUGAUAUGGACUCAAGACCAGCUGGACGAAAAGGCGGCAUAUCCGCGGAUCAAUAACUUCUCCACUGCCGCACUAGAAGAUCCGGCUAUAUGAGCUGCUGCUGCUCAGGUGUUGGCAAAACCCCGACAUAAGAAGGUCUCGCGCUCUAGUGUUGAGAAUGUUUUCGUGAAUCACAUUUUACUCAGUGGAAAAUGUCUGAUUUCACUUUUCACU